GGUGAGAGACCGACCAAGACCGGAGAUGUUUUCAAGCCUGGCCCCGGCGGCAUUAAGGGUUGUUGCAGCGGCGGAGACACCGGCAGCGGCGGCCACCCGGAGGCCCUCGAUCAGGGGCUGAACCCUUCUGCGUCCGCCGAGCCUCGGGUCCGUGCGGGCCAGGGGGGCGUGGCGACCAGAGGGGAGGAAGGAGGGCGCGGUUUCGAGUCUGUCCCGGGCACCAGGGAGGAGACCCUCAGUUCUGUGCCCCGUCUCCUCCCCGGAGUCAGAUCCAGGAUGAGAAGACUGAUAGAAGAAGCAGCUAGCUGAACAGCUAUAAAAUGCCCAAAUCUGGGUUCACAAAACCAGUUCAGAGUGAAAAUUCUGACAGUGACAGCAAUAUGGUAGAGAGACCAUAUGGAAGAAAGAGUAAAGACAAGAUUGCGUCUUACAGCAAAAUGUCAAAAACUGACCGAAGUGAUAUGGGCAAGGAAAUGAAAGAGAAAUCAUCUAUGAAACGUAAACUGCCUUUUGCCAUUAGCCCAUCAAGAAAUGAAGAGCGAGAUUCCGACACAGAUUCAGACCCAGGACAUACAAGUGAAAAUUGGGGGGAGAGACUUAUAUCUUCUUACAGGACAUACUCAGAGAAAGAAGGUCCAGAAAAGAAGAAAACAAAAAAAGAAGCUGGAAGUAAGAAAUCCACCCCAGUUAGCAUUCUUUUUGGUUACCCACUCUCGGAACGAAAGCAGAUGGCACUUCUAAUGCAGAUGACAGCAAGGGACAACAGUCCAGAUUCCACACCAAGUCAUCCAUCACAAGCAACACCAGCCCAGAAGAAGACGCCCAGUUCUUCAUCUCGACAAAAAGAUAAAAUUAAUAAAAGAAAUGAACGUGGUGAAACGCCUUUACACAUGGCUGCUAUUCGAGGAGAUGUGAAACAAGUCAAAGAAUUAAUAAGUUUAGGGGCAAAUGUGAAUGUGAAAGAUUUUGCAGGUUGGACACCUUUGCAUGAAGCGUGCAAUGUUGGAUAUUAUGAUGUCGCUAAAAUACUUAUAGCAGCGGGAGCAGAUGUUAAUACACAAGGCUUAGAUGAUGACACCCCCCUCCAUGAUUCUGCCAGCAGUGGGCAUAGAGAUAUAGUGAAACUGUUGCUUCGUCAUGGUGGGAAUCCAUUUCAAGCUAAUAAACAUGGAGAGCGUCCAGUGGAUGUAGCAGAGACAGAGGAGCUGGAGUUGCUGCUAAAAAGAGAGGUGCCUUUGUCUGGUGAUGAUGAAAGUUACACAGAUUCAGAAGAGGCUCAUUCUGUAAAUCCUUCUAGUGUUGAUGAAAAUAUCGACUCAGAAACAGAGAAAGACUCUUUCAUCUGUGAAAGUAAAGUUCUCCCAAGUAAAGCCCCACUCCCGUCUGCUCUUGAUGAGUAUGAGUUCAAAGACGAUGAUGAAGAAGAGAUAAGUAAAAUGAUCGAUGACAGGCAUAUUCUUAGGAAAGAACAACGAAAAGACAAUGAAUCUGAAGCCGAAAAGAGUGGUUUGUUUGCAAAACAGGAAAAAACCUUUUAUUCUAAAUCAUUUAAAACUAAAAAACAGAAGCCAUCUAGGGUUCUGUAUUCUAGUACUGAAAGUUCUGAUGAAGACGUUCUUCAGAACAAAAAGAUUUCUACUUCAUGUUCUGUCCCUGAAACAUCAAAUUCUGAUAUGCAAGCCAAGAAAGAAUAUGAAUAUAAACAGAAGGGCAAAGUUAAAAGAAAAUUGAAAAAUCAGAAUAAAAACAAAGAGAACCAAGAACUUAAACAAGAAAAAGAGGGGAAAGAAAACACCAGAAUAACAAACUUAACUGUUAAUACUGCAUUGGAUUGUUCAGAGAAAACCAGAGAGGAAGGCAAUUUUAGGAAAUCUUUUAGUCCAAAAGAUGAAACUUCAUUACACUUAUUCCAUAUUUCCACUGGUAAAUCCCCCAAACAUUCUUGUGGCUUAAGUGAAAAGCAGUCAACACCACUAAAGCAAGAACAUACGAAAGCAUGCAUAUCUCCAGGGAGCUCUGAAAUGUCCUUACAGCCUGAUCUUGCUCGGUAUGAUAGUACAGAAACUGAGUUCUUGCCAGAAAGUUCAAAUAUAAAAUCUUACAAGCAUAAGGAAAAAAACAAACAUCAGAAAGAUUUCCACCUAGAAUUUGGUGAAAAGUCAAGUGCCAAAUUAAAAGAUGAGGAUCAUAAUCCAGCAUUUGAAAACUCAGAGUGCACGCUGAAAAAGAUGGAUAAGGAAGGCAAAACACUAAAAAAACACAAACUGAAACAUAAAGAGAGGGAGAAAGAAAAGCACAAAAAAGAAGUUGAAGGUGAAAAGGAAAAAUACAAAAAUAAAGAUAAUGCUAAAGAGCUGCAGAGGAGCAUUGAGUUUGACAGAGAAUUUUGGAAAGAAAAUUUUUUUAAAAGCGAUGAAACUGAGGAUCUCUUUUUAAAUAUGGAACAUGAGUCCUUAACAGAAAAAAAAUCAAAACUGGAAAAAAACAUGAAAGAUGACAAAUUAACUAAGGAAAAACAUGUCUCAAAAGAGAGGAACUUUAAAGAAGAACGGGAAAAGACUAAAAAGGAAAAUGAAAAAUUCCUUAGGGAAGAAAAGCUAAAGGAAGAAAGAGAGAGCGUAUCUACAGAGAAAGAAGCAGAGUGUAGUUCUGUGGGUGCCAGUAUAAACCAGGAAUCUGUAGGACCACAUUCAGUGGAAAAGGAAAUGGACAUUGAAAAACAAGAAAAGCAUACAAAAGAAAGGGAAAAAUCUGACAGAAGAUUUCAAACUAGGGAAAAAGAGGGAGACAAGACUGAAAGAAAAUUUUCUGAAAAAGAAAAGAAGAUGAAACAUGAACAUAAGUCAGAUAAAGAGAAAUUGGAUUUUAGUGAAUGUGCUGACAGAAUAAAAGAAAAAGACAAGCUGUGUCCACAUCAGACAGAAAGGUGUCAGAAAGAAGGGGAGAAGAUGAAAAACAUGAUUAAAAAAACUGAUGACAGAGAGAGGAACAGAGAAAAAACAGACAGAAAGCAUGACAAAGAAAAACCUGAAAAAGACAGGUAUUUAGCAGAAAGCAAAGAAAAGCACUUGGAGAAAAAAAAGUCUGAUAAUAGUGAAUAUAUUAAGUCAGAAAAGGUCAGAAGUAAAGACAGGGAAGGAGAGAAGAAGGAAAAAUUUAGAGAUAAAGAAAGUAUGAGUGUAUCUAACUCCAGGCAUUUACAGGAAGAGAAAAGGUCAAGUAUAGGAGACAGUAGUAGUAAAAUCCAGCAUGAGAAAACUAUGUCCCUUAAAGAAAAGGCAAGGGAUGAACCUUUGAAAACUCCAGAUGGAAAAGAGAAAGAUAAAAAAGAUAUAGACAGAUACAAAGAACGAGACAAACGUAAAGACAAAAUCCAACUGAAUCCUUUACUCAAACUAAAGUCUGAAACAGAUAAGCCUAAACCUAAAUCAUUACCAGUCUCAAAAGAUGUCCGACCUAAAGAGAAGAGGUUAGUGAAUGAUGAUCUCAUGCAGACAAGUUUUGAACGAAUGCUCAGCCUUAAAGACCUAGAAAUAGAACAGUGGCACAAAAAACAUAAGGAAAAAAUUAAGCAAAAAGAAAAAGAACGAUUAAGAAAUCGUACUUGUUUAGAACUUAAAGUAAAAGAUAAAGAAAAAACAAAGCAUAUACCCACUGAAUCAAAAAAUAAAGAAUUUACCAGGUCAAGAAGUUCAGAAUUAACUGAUGUUUAUAAUAAGGAGAAACAGUCUAAAGAUGUUGGAAGCAAUAGAUCACAGUCUGUUGACACCAAAAAUGUACUGAGUUUAGGUAAGUCGGCCUUUAUUUCAGAGAACAGCUCAAACCGCUCUCCUAGGUCAGAAAGCGAGAGACUGGGUCUUAGCUCCAGGUCUGUUUCCAUGAUUUCUGUUGCUAGUUCAGAAGAUUCUUGCCACACAGUGACAACCCCACGGCCUCUUGUUGAAUAUGACUCUGACUUUAUGUUAGAGGGCUCAGAAUCUCAGUUGUCUUUUUCCCAGUCACCUUUUUUGCCAAAUGCCAAAUCUCCAGCCCUUUAUGAAAGGGAGCUGGAGAGCCUUACUGACCUGCCGGAACGACUUAAGCCACCAUGUACAAACAGACUUCCAGUGUGCCAUCUCAGGUCAUCUUCUGUGGAAGAUGUUAAACUAAUAACUAAUGAAGUAAGGCCUGCUGUAGAAAUCAGAAGAUGUAGCAUGCCCUCAGUCAUCUGUGAACCCACAAAACAUUUCCAGAUAGCAGAAGAAAGCAACCAAGGCAGCUUAGCUGUGCCAAGAGAGACUUGUCCUUCUCCCAAACCUGAAGUAUCUCCAAUGCCAGAAAGAGGCCUUUCACAUUUGUCUGACUUAAACCCCAACUUUACAGGCUCUCCAACUAGGACUAUAAACAGCAGGUAUAUUUCAACUGAUACAAAUGUAAUCAAGAGUCCUGGUGUUGUGGGUACUUUAAUGGACAGUCCAAUGCACUUGGAACCAUCUAAUCAGGUUGGAGUAAUACAAAAUAAAUCAUGGGAGAUACCUGUUGAUAAGCUGGAGUCUUUAAGCACCAAUGAAUUUAUAUGCCCAGAUUCUGGUACAGCUGAUCAAGAUUCCUCUGCUCAGAGUUUCUGUAAUUCAGAAAACAAAAUGUUAAGAGAACAAAGUACUGACUGUUUAUCCCUGCACCAGACUGAACUACCAGGAAACUCGUGUGCUCAGGAUCCAGCAUCUUUUCUGUCUUCACCGCAACCAUGCUCUUUUUCCAACCAGUCACAGUCAGAUGCUGAGUGUGCUUCUAAACCUGUGUCUUUGUCGUAUGCUGCCAAUCAAGAACCAGGUAUUUUACAACAGAAAAAUGCAGCUCAUAUGAUUAGCUCUGUAAUAGAUAACGAUAGUAACUUUACAAAGGAUGUGGAAAAUACGUUUGUCCUAGCAGACAUUCAGAAGACGAAUUCUUUUGUACCAGUUUACUCUGAAAGCACUAUUCAAGAAACACUCCCAGCCUUUGACAAGGCAAAUACUUUGCUUGUAUUGCCAUCAGAAAAGGACUUCAGUGGAAGUGAUGCUGCUUCUCAGAUCAGUACACAUUAUGCAUUUAGCAAACUUACUUACAAGUCUUCCAGUAGCCAUGAUGUUGAGAAGAGCACAGAAGAUGCUCACGUUGUCUCACAUGAAAAAGAAAGCAAACUGCAAAGUUUAGUCUUAACUCAGUUGAGUAAAUGUGAUUCUGAUUUGUAUGAAGUGAAUGCAGGGAUGCCGAAAGGAACCCUAAAUGAACAGGAUAAUCCAAAGCAUGGUCCUGAUAGUGAAAAGUAUUUGCUUUCCAUUGAAGAUGAAGAAUCUCAGCAGAGCACUUUAUCAGGUGUGGAGAGCCAUUCACAGCAGUCAGCCCAACCAGAGAUGCACAAACAUGACCAACUCAUUAAAGGAGAAUUAGAAGAAAGCGCAGAAGACGAUAAAACUGAAAACCAAAUCCCCCAAAGAAUGACUAGAAACAAAUCGAGCACAAUGGUAAAUCAAAGCAAGCAGAUUCUUGCUGGCUGUACACUUUUGCCAGAAAAAGACAGUGACUCCUCGCCCAGGGGAAGAAUAAGGCUCACUGAAGAUGAUGAUCCUCAGAUUCACCAUCCACGGAAAAGGAAAGUGUCACGGGUCCCUCAGCCUGUGCAAGUGAGUCCCUCUUUACUACAAGCAAAGGAGAAAACACAGCAGUCUCUAGCAGCCAUCGUAGAUUCUCUGAAACUAGAUGAGAUUCAACCAUACAGUUCUGAGAGAGCAAAUCCAUAUUUUGAAUAUUUGCACAUAAGGAAAAAAAUCGAAGAAAAACGGAAGCUAUUAUGUAGCGUUAUUCCUCAAGCUCCUCAGUAUUAUGAUGAAUAUGUAACAUUUAAUGGAUCAUAUCUCCUGGAUGGAAACCCCUUAAGCAAGAUUUGUAUUCCUACAAUUACACCACCCCCUUCGCUGUCAGAUCCACUUAAAGAGCUCUUUCGGCAACAGGAAGUAGUAAGAAUGAAACUGCGUUUGCAACAUAGUAUCGAACGGGAAAAACUUAUUGUAUCCAAUGAACAAGAAGUUCUGCGAGUUCAUUACAGAGCUGCAAGAACACUGGCAAAUCAAACGCUGCCGUUUAGUGCUUGCACUGUCUUACUGGACGCAGAAGUGUACAAUGUGCCCUUGGACUCACAGUCUGAUGACAGUAAAACUUCUGUGAGAGAUCGAUUUAAUGCAAGACAGUUCAUGUCCUGGUUACAAGAUGUGGAUGACAAGUUUGACAAACUAAAGACCUGUCUUUUAAUGAGGCAGCAACACGAAGCUGCAGCUUUAAAUGCCGUCCAGAGACUAGAAUGGCAGCUCAAACUUCAGGAACUCGAUCCCGCCACCUAUAAGUCGAUCAGUAUUUAUGAGAUCCAGGAAUUUUAUGUUCCCCUUGUUGAUGUUAAUGAUGAUUUUGAAUUGACUCCUAUAUAGCAUUUGGUACUUGUGUUGGUAUCGCUUUAAACUAAUGAUACAAGUGUUAUACUGUGGAAUACUGCCUUUUAAGAAAAACCUGAAAAUACGCCUUUACACUUGUUAGUGACGUUAACUAAAGUUGGUUAUGUAGUGAGCACUGUCAUUUUAUAAAAAUAAAGAAAAAUAUUUUGGAUCUUAGGUCCAAAUACAGUUUCUAAUAGAAAACUAUUAUUUAUAUUGAUCAAAGGUAACUAUUGCAUUAGAACUUGUUGGCAAACUGAGUAGAUCUUUAAAAGGUUGAGAAAAUCUGUUAACAGCGCUGGAAGUUGUUAGCACUCCAAGUAACAAGAUAGCCAACCACAAGUACUCAGAGCUCUUGCUGGUGUCAUUAUAAGUACAUGAGUAAACGCAAAGAUCCAGUUCCUACCAAACAGUUUCUAAUGUGGAAGAAAAUCUCGGCACAAAAUUCUUCAGUUUAUUUUAUCUGUAAAUUAAUUGUACAGUUUUCUUUUUUGAAAGUUUUAAUAUUGUCUUCCUUUUUAAUAACUUAUUUUAUACAUAUUGUACAUCUUGUAAUUAAUGGUCAGUGUAUACAAGGGACUGGCCCUCAAAGCGUGUACAAAGAGCUGACUGUAAAACUGUUUGUUCUGUUGGACCAAAGCUGUAGCUUUUAGAGUGUAGUAGGAGUGUGCUCAGAUAGUGAACCUUUAAAUAGGCAUGCAUGUGUGGAGUUAGCUUGCGUCCAUCCCAUACUCUCAAGAUGGUGGCUUAGUUGUGUCGCAUGCUUUCUGUAAUUUAACUUUCUGUAACUGACGCCUGAGACAGUGUGAGACUUCUCAUCCCAGUUUCCUGCAAGAGAACCGGGGACUUUCUGUGUGGGACACACUGGUCAGAAUUAGUCAUCAAAGAAGCGCUGGUUCUUCAACUCACUGGAGAAGCCUGUUUCCCCCAGAACAACAACCAAUGCCUUGGAAUGGAAGUUCUGAAAUUGUAAAUGUCUAUUUUAAUACUCAACUAUGAAAGAACCUGUGAAUAUAUGUAAAUAUGUUUAAUAAAUUUUAUUGGUCAUGUUAAAUCAUUGUAAACUUUCUUAUAUUGCUUAAAUUUAAUCUUUUAAGCUUAAUAGCCUUUGCACUUUCAAAAUAAAAGUUGAAUGCUCAAAUCAAACUAAGAUACUUAGUAGUCAAAAUAAGGAAAAGACUUAGGAAUAUUCCAGAUCCUGAAAUGUUCGUAAAGAUUUUAUUACUAUGUUGUAUUUUUCCUUGUAUCAAGAUGCAAAAUGUGUAAUUUGCAAAUUUUCAUAAUUGAAAUAUGAUUUGGUAUGCUUUUAUAGUAAAAUAAUGAGCAAUAUCCGUAGAACCAUUUAUCCUAUGACACAAUGUAGACUAGAUAUUCAGGAAAACUUCAGAUAAAACCUGCUGCUUAACCUGUGGAGCAUUUGGAAAGGAAAAUUAGAUUAAUCUAAAAUCAUAAGUAAAUAGGAUAAACAUUUAUGAACCGUGCUACAAUACUGUCUUGAAUUAUAACGUAAUACUGGAUAUGUCCUAUUUUGAUAAGGAAAGGUUAAAAAAAUAUGAAUUAAAUGGCUUAAAUUCAGCUCACAAGUUGGAAAUCCCAGCUAGAAAAAGAAAUUAUUUGGUUUUUCUGUGCAAAGGUUCAUAUUAAGCUUAGGGAUUUUUGAAUUUUUACACAAUUUAUAUUUUCACUCUUACUGUACUGGCAUGCGCAAUACAGCAGCACAUGUGACAAACACACAGUGUGAGGAUCUGAUGAGGUUGGGUGUCGUUUCCCUUAGACAUUUAGAUGAGGGACUUGGCCUUUUCAUUCUGUCAGUGGGGCCAGAAAGGCAGGGUAGACUUUGAAGCACUGUUUCUUGCUGAAGUUAUGCUUCUUAAGGCUGGGAACAUUGAAAGAUAAUUUAUAAAAGCAAUACUUUUUAAUACAAAAACAACUUAAUGCAAACUUUGUUUAUUCUUUAUCCUAAGAAGGAAAUUUGAUGAGCUCGUGUGGCAAAUUUAAAAAUGAAAUAGGAUUAUUAAACGUUCAAGAGAGAGCAAGAGAAGAGUAGAUCUGUAGAGCGUUUUUUCUGGUGGUUCAUCUUGGGGGGAAGGUACCAGAAGUGAUACUGACCAAGCAGAACAAGCUGUUGGGGGAGGAGGGGAGAGCUUCACUUAAGCAGGGUCCGGCAGGUGCAGUCCUCAGUCAGCCCAGCUUUCCAGUCCCCCCCCCCACACACACACACACAGUGCUCACUCUUUCACGGUAGCUCAAACAGCUGGAGCCUCUGCUACGAUUCCGCUACUACUCACUUCCUCUGUAGGCCGUCAGGAUAGCUAAGUUACUGCACUUCGUAGUGUAUGUGUGAGUUAGUACAUAGUUAGGACUUGAUGUUAGAGACUUUCUGAAGGUCUAAAAUACUAGAGGAAACAAAUCUCAGAAUGGAGCAUAUGCCUAAGAAUAUUUGGGUUCUCAAAGAAAAAUAAGGAUGCUGAAUUUAAUCAGUGAUUCUUUUUAAACUAUUCAAACAUCAUGAACAAGAUAUUCAAUUGUACCUAAGGAUUUGUAUUUAAGUCUUGUUCUAAAUCAUAUCUGUUUAAUAAAUGACUAGUUAAUAUUUGUGCAUGUUAUUUAAUAAAGAGUUAUAUUUUUAUAGAAAAAUAA